CUUCCUCUGAUUUUCUAUAAUCCUAACUAUAACCCAGCACUGAACACUGUUUCAUACAAAUUAUCAGCACAUCACUACCCUGGACUGAGGAACACAGCCUUGGUGACCUAUGACUGGCUUUGAAUGACAAAUCAAAAGUCAGCAUUUCAGUAAUCAGCUGGGCUUUUUUGUUUGUUACUGCUGUGCUGCAGCAAGGAGAGGAAAGGGAGAAUGAAAGAAUCUGAAAAUAAAGCUGGUGGACAGCAACGGUGACUUCUCCAGCAGCCGGGCAGCAGCAGCAGCAGCAGGAGGAGGAAGCACCAGCAGCCUCUGCAGCCUCAGCAAGCAAGGCGGGAUCCCGGGGCUGGCGGCCAAAGCCCGGAGCCCAGUGCGCCAGCAGCAGCAGCAGCAGCCCCCCCGCCCCAGCCCCAGCCGCUCGGCUGCAGCCCCAGCACCAUGGACAGCUCAGGUGCCUCAUCUCCUGACAUGGAGACUAGCUAUGGAGGUGGUCUGUUGGACAUGAUGAAAGGAGGAGCAGGGAGACUCUUCAGCAAUUUAAAGGAUAACCUGAAGGACACUCUAAAAGACACCUCUACUAAAGUUAUGCAAUCUGUUGCAAGUUACACCAAGGGAGAAUUAGAUAUUUCUUAUAUUACCUCAAGAAUUAUUGUGAUGUCAUUUCCUGGUGAAGGAGUUGAACUGGGAUUUAGGAAUCAUAUUGAUGAUGUACGGACAUUCUUGGAUACAAGACAUCCUGAUCACUACACAGUUUUCAAUUUGUCACCAAAGUCUUAUCGUACUACGAGGUUUCAUAACAGGGUAUCUGAAUGUAGUUGGCCAAUUAGACAAGCACCAAGUCUUCACAACCUCUAUGCUGUAUGUAAGAACAUGCAUAACUGGUUGCAACAAAACCCUAAAAAUGUUUGUGUCAUCCACUGUAUGGUAAGUCAGGCAGAUGGUCGUGUAGCAUCAGCAGUCCUGGUCAGUGCAAUGUUCUGUUUCUGUCAUCUCUUUUCUAGUCCACCUCCUGCCAUUCAGUUGCUAAAUUCAAAGAGACCAGGAAUAGUACUCUGGCCAUCCCACAGAAGGUACAUAGGAUAUAUUUGCGAUCUAAUAGCAGACAAGCCUGUUCAACCUCACUGCAAGCCUCUAACGAUCAAAUCAGUCCUGCUCAGCCCAGUGCCCUGUUUCAACAAACAGAGAAAUGGCUGCCGGCCUUUCUGUGAUAUUCUUAUUGGUGAAACUAGAAUCUUCACAACCUCACAAGAAUAUGAAAGAAUGAAGGAAUUCCGCGUUCAAGAAGGAAAAGUUGUAAUUCCAUUAGGAGUCACUGUCCAUGGCGAUGUGGUUGUUUCUGUCUACCAUAUGCGAUCAACCAUUGGGGGACGGCUUCAAGCUAAAAUGUCAAACACACAAAUAUUCCAGAUUCAGUUUCACACUGGAUUUAUAGCCCUAGGAACAACGGUAUUAAAAUUUACCAAACCUGAACUGGAUGCAUGUGACUCACCAGAAAAAUAUCCCCAGCUGUUCCAUAUCCUACUGGAGAUAGAAAUAGAUUCUGCUGAUAGACCGACUGACCUAACUCCUCCAUGGGAGAACUUCACAACAAAAGACAUAAAUCCAAGCAUUCUUUUCUCUUCACACCAGGAACAGCAGGACACCCUUGCCAUGGCUGGUAGAGGUUCUAUAGAUCUACCACAAGAUAACCUAAAGAAUGCUGGACAGGGUGCAUUCUUAUCAUCUCUCAGCUGGCAAGAUCAAAAAAUGGAAAGAAGCAGCUCACAUCCCAGUGCUGAGGACCGAACAGCAUUGGUUCAUGAAGAAAGCGAGCAGUCAGACGAUGAACUCCUAUCCCUCUCCAGUCAGCACAGUAACACCAGUGCUGACAGAAUCCAUGGAGCACCAAAGCACAGCAAAAAGCACCAAGAACCACUGGGUCCACCCCCACCCCCAGAGGAGGUGGACCUUUUAGGAUUGGAUGGCAGCCCUAUGAGCAAGAACUUCCCAGCAGCACCUACUGCGCCACCCUCUAAUUCAGACUUGCUGAGUGAUUUUUUUGGGGCUGGCCAUUCUGCAGGAUCAAACCAAGUUGCACAACCAGGGGUUGAGGAUGUCUUUCAAAUGGGAGGAACUGGGUCUGCACAAUCCACCCCACGGCGAUCUGCAGCUUCAGCAUCCCCAUCUUUGUCCCCCAAAGUAGGGGAAGCAACUGCCUUUGACCCAUUUGGAGGUAGCCCUAAGAAAACUGCCCCAGAUCUCCUAGGCUCUUUUCUUGGUUCAUCAAAUGCUUCCACAGAUCCUUUCCUUCAAGCAGCAAGGAGUCCUUCACCUACAGUGCAAGGGGAUCCUUUUAACAUGGGUCCUUCGAGUGCACCAACUGUUUCCAUUCAACCAGAUGUUUCAGGUGACUGGGAAUGGCCUCAUAAAUCAGGUGGCCUAGGUAAGGGGAGCAAAUCAGCUGCUACCAGCCCUACAGGGUCAGUGCAUAGCACCCCUACUCAUCAAGCCAAACCACAAACUCUGGAUCCUUUUGCUGACUUGGGAACUCUUGGAGCAAAUCUAGCAGGUUGUCCUUCCUUUGCCAGCAAGCCUAGCACACCUACAGGAAUAGGUGGAGGAUUUCCUCCUAUGGGAUCACCACAGAAACCAUCUCCCCAGCCAAUGGGAGGUGGCAGCUGGCAACAGGGCACUGGAUACUCCUGGCCACAAUCACAGACCAAACCUCAGCAAAGCAUGCCACAUUCCUCUCCACAAAAUAGGCCUAACUAUAAUGUGAGUUUUUCUGCAAUGCCAGGUGGCCAAAAUGAUCGUGGAAAAGGAUCAGGCAGUUCUGAUUCCAAACCAAAAGUGGCUGCUGAUUUUGAAGACCUCUUAUCUGGUCAAGGAUUUAAUGCCCACAAAGACAAAAAAGGACCAAGAACAAUAGCAGAAAUGCGGAAAGAAGAAAUGGCCAAGGAGAUGGACCCUGAAAAGUUAAAAAUAUUAGAAUGGAUUGAAGGAAAGGAGAGAAACAUAAGAGCGCUGUUAUCUACAAUGCAUACAGUGUUAUGGGAGGGAGAAACAAAAUGGAAACCAGUGGGCAUGGCAGAUCUUGUAACUCCAGAACAAGUGAAGAAGGUUUACCGGAGAGCAGUUCUUGUUGUUCAUCCUGAUAAAGCUACAGGACAGCCAUAUGAACAAUAUGCAAAGAUGAUUUUUAUGGAGCUCAAUGAUGCCUGGUCAGAAUUUGAAAACCAAGGCCAAAAGCCCUUGUAUUAGUGUCCUUCCUCAGACAUUGCUAUAGACCUGUGCUAGUGCUUGUAUAGUUCCUUGCCACAAGAUUUUCACAGUUGAACCGAUUCCUGGCUGGAAAUGUGAAAACAGUAAAACUGAAACCUUUCUUCAUGGAGAGGGGGGAAAUAUGGAGGCUGCUCCUUGCACCUGCCAUGUCUCACAAAUGCAAAGGAGUUCUUGGCAUUAGUCUAAUAGUGUUAUUUCAGGGUGAAACAGGGUAGGGAAGGAGACAUUCCAGCAAACUGGGAUAGUUUGUCUUGGAAUGUGAGGUAAAAUAGAUGGCCUUUUAUGACCUUGACCAAAUGGACCCCGUACCAUGAGGGAUGUGGCGUAGUCUUGAAAGUUUGUAUCCAGGACAAACUUCCGCAAAAUCUUCAUCUGUAUCCAGCUAUUCACUGUACACUAUCUCUUAUAAUUUGACCCUUCAAUUAUUGGCUGUAGUAUGUUUUCAAAUCUGACAGCUAAGCAAUUGAUUAUGUCUCUGGCAACUUACUGCUGCCUUAAGCAUAGUACUGUAUCUCAUGUUUCAGACAAGCAAAUAAGCAGACGUUCUACGUGACCCUAGAAUUUGGGGAAUGUCUUUAAAUUAUUUAAAUUAUUUAAUAUGUUAUACAGACAGAAACCAGUUGAAGUUUCCAAAUCAACAGAGUACUGAGUUGACUUCUGGGCACUGAUAGAAAAUGAGAGUAAAUAUUUUGCAGACACUUUAAAAAAAAUACCCACUGAAAUAAGGCCUAAAUAUCUCACAUCUAAAACAAAGAGGAGUCCUUUCUUCUCCUUUGACAUUGUGAAGUUAUAUCUUUCUUAAUUCAUUCAGACUUUAUUCAGUCAAAAAUCAAAAUAUCCACUGUUUCCCAGAGAGUCAGGAAGGGAAGCUGAUGCUGUGACAUAGCUUCUAAACCUCUGUGGAUAAUUCAUUACAUUGUUCGUGUGAUUCUGUUAGAAAUGAAAAUCAGCAAAUAAUCAGAUUUACUUACCUACAAAAGAUAUAUUGGGCCAGUAAGCAAUAAUGUUCAUGUAUUCACAUGGUAGUAUCUGAAAAGAUAAAAUGAAAGUCAUGUUCUUUUUCAUCUUCUUACAAAACUAAUUUUACAUGCCUUUUUUUUUUUUUACUUUUGCAGAAAAAAUUGUAAAGGCACUUUUAUUUACUGACACCUCCUGAAUGAAACGCAGUUCCUCAGGCAUGAGGUGGAUGAAUAUUACGUGCUUGUUUUCUCUUAAAGAAGUUGACAUUUAGUCAGUUUGAAAUGACAGCCAUGAAGAACUGGGUUGCUUGGAGAGAACCACAGUAUUGAUUAGAUUCUGAAAUGGCAUCAGUUUUUGACAAGAAGGUAUUUUCAGUUUGUUGAAGGCAUGGUGACACUAGAGUGCUAUCGUACAUUGGAUUCUGAUACACAACCCAUUUCCUCAUGAGUACUGUUCGGUAGACACUACAUUCACUACAUGAGAAAAGUGGUCAUCUGUAUUUUCAUUAGGCAGCUAGUGGACAGGCAGAAAGGUUUCCGCAUACGUUGUUAAACAAAAAACUCUGUAAGUGGUGUGAAAAUCUUUUGUCAAAUUGAUGUUUUUUUUAAAAGACAAUCUGUUUUUCUGUUGUCCUGGUUUUCUAGUGGGAAACUCCUUUCUGCAGAUACAGCAUGUCAACCAGCCUACAUUUAUUUUUAUAUUAAAUGCCAUCUUUUUGUUGUUUUAAUCCUUUAUUUAUUGCCAUUUACUGCCAAUGUGAAACAAAACACAAGUUCUCCUUUUUAUAUUAACAUUGAACAGCUAUAACAAACUGGAUGUUAUUUAUUAACAUAUAAUAAAAUGUUUUGAUCAAGUAUGUGCUUGUCUAUUAAAAACAUUUUGGAAUGUGAA